AUGAACAAUGGAGAGAAGAUAGAGGCUGCUAAUAGAAAGAAAGAAGAAGGCAAUCUGCUAUACAAAACUCAAAAGUACGAGCGAGCAGCAAAGAAAUAUAAUAAGGCUGCAGAAUGUAUUGAAAAUGGCAAAUUUGAAGGUGGUGACGAAAAGCAAGUCAAGGCUUUGAGAGUAUCUUGCUUCUUGAAUGGUGCAGCCUGUAGUCUAAAACUAAAGAAUUUUCUGGAAACUAUCGUUCUAUGUUCGGAGGUGUUAGAUAUUGAGUUCCAAAAUGUGAAAGCUCUAUAUAGGCGAGCACAAUCCUAUAUUGAGGUGGGAGAUUUGAUUUCAGCAGAAAUGGAUAUAAAUAGGGCUUUGGAGGCUGAUCCUGAGAAUCGGGAAGUGAAGUCUCUUUACAAGGCGAUGAAACUCUCUAAAGCUGAGAGCGACAGAAGAGACGCUAAGUUGUAUGCAAACAUGUUUGCACUAUCUAAAGUAAGAACUCACUUUCCAUGA